AAAAACAGAAAUCAGCUGCUCGCUGCCUGUGCCAUUUAGCAAAGGAGCCGACUGAACACCAAAAACGCAGGAAACUAAUGUGGACUUUCAGGUGCGGGGCAGAAGCAAAACAAAACUUUAAUAUUUUUAACUCUAAAACGAAAGAAGUAAAUUUUCUUAAAACAAAACGCAAUGUACGAAUUGGACAAAAAUGCCUUCAGUGAAUAAGUUAAAAACGACAACGAAAAACAAAAUUUUAUAAUAAUAAAAUAUUGUACAAGUAGCGCAAUACCAUAAUUGGAAUCAUUUGUAUCUGCUUACCCACCGGAAAACGAGAACUCGAAAUAUUAAUACUAUACAAAGGCAAAAAAGAAAAAAAUAACAACCACGGGGAGCUGACUGGAAGCCUCAAAAUCUUAAAAACGUUGAAUUCAGUAAAUCUCAAAGCGCUGUGCGCACUGUAUCUGAAAUGAAAUGAAAUUGUCCUGGUUUGAUCAAGUAUUUGAGUUAGUUAGUGCGAGUACAUUGAAAUUGUACGAGGACAGCGGUCGAUUUCUCCAUCAGGUUAUUGGCAAUCAAACGCAAGCGCUAAUACUAUUACAAGAAACGUGGCGUGCUAACGUGUUACAUUGGGUGGCACUUUUGUAUCGACGCUUCAGUUCGACAGCAAUCGAAGCCCUGGAGCAUAUAAUUUACGCGUGUCUGGUAUACUUUCUAGUAUGCCUUGGCAUUUUUUACACAACACGCAGCAACAGCCCUCUGUGGCGUUGGUGCAAACUAAUCAACAAUGUACGCUUUCCAAGACAACACAAACUGGAACGCGUUCUACUGGUUACUUCACAUCCCGACGAUGAAUGCAUGUUCUUUGGUCCACUAAUAUACACCUUGACACACCGCUCCGAUUGUCAAGUAUAUGUUUUGUGUCUAUCCAAUGGUAAUUAUGAAAAACAAGCUCAACUAAGGCGUGAGGAAUUAUGGCGUUCUUGUGAGAUGUUAGGAGUUCCAGCGGCCAAUAUUAUAAUGGUGAAUGCAACGAAUCUACCAGAUGACCCGAAUGUUGAAUGGAAGGCACCGGUGGUUGCAAAUCUAAUUCUCCACACCGUCGAAAGUCUUGACAUUCAAGCGAUUUGUACAUUCGAUAGAGAAGGUGUGAGUCAGCAUCCCAAUCACAGUGCUGUUUACUUUGCAGCUGCCUCCCUGUGUUUAGCUAAUUUAUUACCAAAAGAUUGCAAAUUUUAUACGUUGGACUCCAUAAAUAUUUUAAGGAAAUAUAUUUCAAUUUUCGAUUUACUUUGUACAUGCUGUAUUUCUACUUACUGGUGCAUAUUAGGCUGGGAUGAGGCAGCGCAGAUACGCCGCGCAAUGCGUGAGCAUAAAUCCCAAAUGAAAUGGUUCCGCUGGUUGUAUAUUUACUUUUCACGUUACAUGUUCAUAAAUUCGUUGCGUGAGGUAAAUCUUUCGGACAUCGAAUUGGAGAUGCAAAUUGAUGAUAAUUCUUUUUGAUUUGCAUAAACGUUUGUUAGCUUUAAACAAUGCCGCAGUCACUCAGCCAGCCAAUAGCGAAAACUAUAAAAAAUAGAAACAAAUAAAACAAGUCAAUAAAUUGAACUGAUGCUAAAAAUAAAAUUAGACAAACCAGACGUAUGUCGCUGUAAUAAGUCUGUGUGUAUAUACAUACAUUUUUGUAUAUAUUUACGGAAUUGAAAACAUUGUAUAUGUGCCAGCAAACACUGUAUUUGUACCAGCAGCAAGAUAAAAUGAAAGAAAUGCAACAGACAACAAAACAAUAACAAUAACAAAAGCAUAAUAAUCAAAGUCUAAAUAAAAAAAAAAACUUUACAUAUACUAAGAAUGAUGUGAGGCAUUAUUAUUGCCGGUUGCAAACAGGCAAAAAAAAAUAAACUUUUACAAUUGAAAACAUAAAUAAGUGCAAUAGUUGACCGCAGCAAAAACAAAAGCUAGGCCAAAUAUAAAAUUUGGAAAUUGGGUGCCAAGCCCGUGGUCCAUAGUCUUACAUUAAAAAAGAAACGUGAUGCCAUUUGAAAUUGUGUAAGAUCAACAAACAUAAUUACAACAAAUGAACCUCUACAUACUACAACUUAAUACUUAAUAUACUUAAGUAUAUAUAUUUGUGUAAACAUACAUAUAUACAAAUAUACGUAUAUUUUAAGUAAUGUGGGUACAUUAAAUUCUAAAACACAUAUCUGAACAUGUUUAAAUUUUCUUCCAAUCUACGUUUGCUUUUUUAACAAUAUUUUAUUACACUCAUAGAAAUUUUAAUAGAAAAAUAUUCUCCCUCAUAUCAGUGAUUUUGAGGAGUUAAAAGUGGCAUUAGCUUUAAUGCGAAUAAUGCGGGAUGAUCGGUGUGUGGUGGUUGUUUUUAUUUUAUUUGUAUAAAUUAAUCCACAAAGCCAAUUUAUUACACGCUUAUUAUUAUAAUUUACUUAAAACACACUUAUAAGAUACAAAAUUCAAUAUGUAAAUAUCUACACAAAAUGUGUUUGUAUUUAACUAGUUUUUACCUGUUAAUAUUCUAAAUUUUUAGAUUUAAACUG